GACAAUCCCGCCCGAGGCGUCUCUUCCGGACCUCCAUGCGGCGUUCUUGCUAAGUACAAGCUUAGUUUGUAUAUGCACAGCUUGCGUCGGACGAUCAUUGUGGGACCAACACAGCCACCGAACUCAGCGCCUCGCAGCCUUCAAGCUUCAAGUUCCACAAUAAGUAGCGUCGGGUCUGCCCCGUUACAACUUCGUAGCUAGUCUCAAACAACAUGGCGGUGAUAGCGUGUAAGUAGUGGCAAUUCCAAGGAACCACAGCGCAAGAUGCGCGGCAUGAACCCGAACCCGAAGUCAACGGGAGCCAUUGUUUAUUGCAUCAAGACCUCAUCAGGAUGGACGCCCAGCCUGUCGCUAUAUAUAAGGAGGACAGCGCGGCCUGCAUUCUUCAGCUCAGCUCGUUCACUUCUGAGCUCACCGAGAGUUGUGGUACUGGUUGCCCUGCUGGAUUUUGAAUUAAACGACCUUUCAUCUCAUCCUUUUGACGACACCGUUCAGCAGAUCAUAUAUUUCACGAUGCGUGUUGACACAACACUAUCGCUCCUUCUGGCAUCGCUCGUGGCUAUACCCGCGUCGGUGCUCGCCCUACCCAUUGGCUCCCAAGGUGCGGACCUUCAGGAGCGUGGGUUCGAGUACGAUGCGGAGGUCAUGGCGCGUGCCGUGGUCAAUGCGUUCGAGGGUCGGGAGGUCACCCGGGUGUGGCACGAGGCGCGCGCACCUAUGCCGUCGGAGCCACCGUCGUACAGCAAACACGACCCGAUCAACGGUGCUAAGCCCGGCUACUCGCAGAAGGACCCUGCUCCCAUCCCGAAGUACCGCCAGAAGGACCCGCACAAGCCCAAGCAGAAGCCGAAAGGGUCCAAGUUCUGGCAGACACCGCCUCGCUCACUCGACGAGCUGGAGGAGCUGGAAGCCCGCGAGCCGUCGAGCGUGCGCUGGUGGGAGGCGCGUGCGCCCAUGCCCUCCGACCCACCGAGGUACAGCAAACACGACCCUAUCAACGGCCCCAAGCCGGGCUAUUCGCAGAAGGACCCCGCCCCCAUCCCCAAGUACCGUCAGAAAGACCCGCAUAAGCCCCCCCAGCCGCCGAAGGGCUCGAAGUUCUGGCAGACGCCGCCGCGGUCCCUCAACGAUGUCGAGAUGAUGGAGGAUAUGGAGUAGAGGUUGCAAUAUGUACAUGAUCGUCGAUCCCCAUUCACGAAUGAGAUUGAAGUUUUCGUUA